CAGCCACAGCACACAGACAGACCUUCAAGUUCUCUCGCUAGGUACUUGAUCUUCCAAGUUUUUCUGGCGCAAGGUGUCGGUGUUCUUUUGCCUAUUCAUGGGCUUAUAAUGUAUCCCUGGCCGUUUGUUGGAUGGAACAGCUAGGCGCAAUCCCUCCAGAAGAUCAGAAGCUCUGUACGAGGUUUUGUGGGGUUUCAUUGGAGCAUUCUCCAGUCACCAAGAAAGUGCUCAAUUGCAAUAUUGAGACCAGCAACUCCUUAAGCUGAUCAUAGAGUUGCAAGGGCAGCACAGGGUGCAGCAAAGGGGAGCUCCAAUGGGGUCACAUCCAUCCAGCUGGCUUGUCCUGCUUUUGCUGAUUGCAGCCUCCGUCUGCGAGGGUGCAGAUGGGGCAUCUGUCCCAAGGCGAUCACUCUUAGGCUCUCAGAAGCAUCAUUACGCCUACCGUCAAGAUGUUCCCCUUUACGCUAACAAGGUGGGGCCAUUCCAUAAUCCAAGCGUUUCAUACCAGUACUACUAUCUGCCCUUCUGCAAACCCUCAGAAGGCAUUGAACAGAAGCUGGAGGAUCUGGGGGAAGUCCUGGAGGGGGACAGGAUGACGAGUACCGAAUAUGAUCUGCCAUUCCGGGUCGACAAGGAACACGAGAAGCUCUGCUCAAAGACGCUCACGGUUGAGGAGGUCCAGAAGUUCAGGCAGGCCAUCAGCGAUGAUUUCUACUUCCAGAUGUUCUAUGACGACCUCCCUAUCUGGGGUUUUAUCGGCAAGAUCGCCAAGGAGGCCACGGGGGCUAUGAGCUACCUACUGUACAGGCAUGUGCACUUUGACAUUCACUACAACAAGGACAAAGUCGUGGAAAUCAAUGUGUCCACGGACCCUCUCCAGACGGUGGACAUCUCAGAUGACGAGCCCGUUGAGGUCGACUUCUCGUUCUCCGCCAAGUGGUACACGAGCGAGACGCCGUUCAAGCGGCGCAUGGACAAGUACCUGCGCUACUCGUUCCUGCCGCAGCACCUGGACAUCCACUGGUUCUCCAUCGUCAACAGCUGCGUCACCGUGCUGCUGCUCACGGGCUUCCUGGCCACCAUCCUCAUGCGCGUGCUCAAGAACGACUUCACCAAGUAUGCUCAGGAGGAGGCUGCGGCUGGCGAGCAGGACGAGGUUGGCUGGAAGUACAUUCACGCGGACGUCUUCCGCUUCCCUCCCUAUCCAAGCCUGUUUUGCGCCAUCAUCGGCGCGGGCACCCAGCUGUUGGCGCUCGUGUUUUGCAUCUUCAUGCUGGCCCUCGUGGGCGUGUUCUACCCGUACAAUCGGGGGGGGCUGUACACCGCGAGCAUCCUGCUCUACGCGCUGACCGCGGGGAUCAGCGGGUACGUCUCGGCGGGCUUCUACAAGCAGAUGGGGGGGACCAAAUGGGCCCAGAACCUGCUGAUGGCCGGCGCCCUCUUCACGCUGCCGCUCUUCCUCACCUUCUGCUUCAACAACAGCGUUGCGUGGGCAAACCAAACGACCGCUGCGCUGCCUUUCGGGACCAUCGUAAUCAUCCUGCUCAUCUGGGGCGUCAUUACCGCCUUCACGGUCGUGGGCGGCAUCGCGGGCAAGAACUACUCUUCCGCCGACUUCGACGCGCCGUGCCACACGAGCAAGCUCCCGCGGGAGAUCCCCGCCCUGCCGUGGUACCGCCACGUCGUCCCGCAGACCAUCAUGGCUGGCUUCCUCCCGUUCAGCGCAAUCUACAUCGAGCUGUACUACAUCUUCGCGAGCGUGUGGGGCCACAAGAUCUACACCAUCUACAGCAUCCUGUUCAUCGUGUUCUGCAUCCUGAUCAUCGUGACGGCAUUUAUUACGAUCGGGCUGACGUACUUCCAGCUCACGGCGGAGGACCACGGCUGGUGGUGGAGAUCCCUCUUCUGUGGUGGCUCGGCGGCCUUCUUCAUUUAUGCAUACUGCUUCUACUACUACUAUGGCCACUCGGACAUGACUGGGUUCAUGCAGACUUCCUUCUACUUCGGGUAUAUGUCCAUUAUUUGUUACGGGUCGUUCUUACUGCUUGGAGCCGUGGGUUUCAGGGCAGCGCUACUGUUUGUACGGCACAUCUAUAAGGCAAUUAAGUGCGAGUAGCGAGUAGCUACAUAGUAUAACAAUGUUGCAUUGGAUCAAGUGUUUGAGUGUGCUCACACUGCACCUGCCUCCGCCUUGCCUACAUGAACUGGUGGGCACAUGUGACGAGGUAGAGACUCGUUUCGUCAAGGGUGGAGGUCUUACUCUGAGUUAUGCAGAGGACAUUUCGCCAGGUGUGCACAAAACUGAAUGCAGUGUUGAAUUUGUCACGAUAUAGGCUGUCAGGAUUCGGUGUAGGCGAAAUCAACCUGAAACGAUCUGACAUCUGUCGCAUAUAACAUGAAGCAUGUCAU